AUGUUGAAGUUGUGGCUCGGGCUCGCUCUAACGGCUGAUUCAUCGGCUUUAUUCAGGGAUCGUAAUAGUUUUGGGAUGAAUCUAAAAAGACCAUCGGAGCUCUACAAACACCUAAGAGUUUCCAAGAGACAUAUCCUGGGAAAAUCCCAUGAUGACGUCGUUACAUCACUCCCAAAAGACAAUGAUGCCCCAGAGCUAGAGUCACGACUUCAAUUCCAUAAACAAUUUAUGAUCGGAGCGCAAAAUAACAGAGUAGGGUUAGGAUCAAGUAGGAAAGUCCAAGAUACGGAUAUAUUGAAGUCUUUUAUUCGGCAAGACGAGAACGAUAAAUACAAGAUCCAUGCAAUGAGUUUAGAAAUGCAGAUCGAGUGGUUAGACAUAGAAGAUUUUUGCAUUCCACUAGCACUAAAAUGGCGCACCCUAAUUCAUGACUGGUCGCCAGCCUUGCUAAAAUUUUAUCUCAAUGCGUUCCAGAUGACUCUCCCAGAUCAGAGUAAUUUAGUAAGAUGGGGUAAAGGUACCGAAAAAACUUGCUAUAUCUGCGGAAAGGCAGUUGGAACUGCCAAGCAUUUGCUGGUGGGAUGUAAGGUUCUCCUGGACAGCGGUCAAUACUCGCGUCGUCACGAUAGGGUUUUAGAGAUCAUACGUUUUGUGAGAGAGGGCACCAGGGCUAUAAAAUCAAACGUCAAGCCUUACUCAAUCCUUAAAGCGGCUUCGGAUUGGACUAUCAUGAUGGAUACGUAUGAGAAACAAUACAAAAUUCCCGAGGAUAUUUGUGCGUCGGCCUCCAGACCAGACAUAUUUCUAUAUUCGCGUAUUUUAAAGCGCGUUGUGAUGAUAGAGCUUACGGUGCCUUGGGAAACCAACAUCCCCAAAGACCAUGCCAUCAAGGUCAAUAAGUAUUACGAGCUCACUAACGAACUAACUCGAAAUAGGUUCGUCGUUGAUUUGUACGCGGUAGAGGUGGGAGCGAGAGGUAUAACAGCUAAAUCUCUCUAUAACCUACUAAAAGACUUGGGCCUGUCCAGAACUAACAUUAAUUCAUUCUUAGAACGUACGUCGAAGGCAGCCCUAGUAGGUUCUUUUCAAAUUUGGUUAGGUAGGGAGAGGAACUUGGACAGUGGAGGUGAGCGUAUAACGCGCACGAGACAUAUUUCUGUAUCUACAUUCGUGAAUUUUAAUAGACCUUACAGUUCCUUGGAAAACCAGCACCCCAAAGAUCAUGCCAUCAAGAUCAAUAAAUAUUUCGAGAUCACUAACGAACUCACUAAGAAUGGGUUCGUCGUAUAUUUGUACGCAUUAGAAGUGGAAGCGAGAGGCAUAACAGCCAAAUCUCUACAACCUACACCUAGGUCGCAAGUCCCAGACACUGUCGAAGCUCCUUUCCCUGCAACGCGAUGGACCCGACACCCGCACAGUGAAUCCAUGGAAUUCUGCGAAGUUUUCUUUCGUCUCUAA